CAUAAAUAGCUUGAGCUAAGUGGAGAAACAAAUAAAUAAAUAAUAAAUGUAACAAAAUUGAGAAGAACCCAAAAAAAAAAAGGUUUUCGCAACGAAAGCAAGAAUCUCUCUUCCCGUAGGCCACGGUCCCGAAUCUCUCAGGCAAUAUCUCUCUAUCGUUCGCCGAACAACUUUUGCAAUUUCUGGUUUCUUGGUGCCAGUGAGUUUAAUCGGCGCCAUGAAUGAGAAUUUAGAGGAACAACAGAAAGGAAAGUACAUUCUACUCCGUGAUGGUGAGGACGACACUGAGUUAGGACUUUUCUAUAAGCCUCUUCCUUGCUUUGGCUGUGGAAUCGGAUGGUUCUCGUUUCUUGUUGGAUUCGUCUUCCCAUUUGCGUGGUACUUUGCCACUUUUCUGUAUUUCACAAACUAUUACCGUAGAGAUCCACGGGAAAGAUCUGGUCUUGCUGCCUCUGCUAUAGCUGCUUUGAUAUUCACCGUUGCACUUGUGAUCACCGUGCUUGUUCUCGUUUUCUCCGGUCGCUAGAGUGUGAUUAUUACACCUUGCGUAUUCUUUUAUGGGGUUUCAAAAGAAAACAACUUCAGGUCUGUUUCUUCUACAACUGGUGAAGAAGAGAAUAUCGGGAUUCGAAGAGAAGCUACUGCUAGUCCCUUUUAGAUUCAAAAUUUGGUUUGUUCUUUGUACAUGAGUGACAACUUCUAUAAAAAGAAAUUCGAAAUGUGAUACCUAACUCUUGGAAGAGAUCUAUAUAGUUUCAGGCUUGUAUGUUAUUCUCAGUCGAGUCUUAAGCCAGACAACAGCUCUAAUCAAGGUUAAUGUCUGGUCAGUAUCUUCCUUCUUCAAACUGUUUCUUGUUUAUCUUCUUUCUCAGUGAAUCUCAAGAAACAGAGAGAAUCAGAUUAGGAUUUGUAUUCAUCAUCGUUAUCAUUUCAUAAGUCUGCACCUUGGAACAUCUCACAUCCAUAGAUUGCAGCAAGUAUAAGCUUUUAAGCGACCAUAAGAAAUCAGAUUCAUCUUCAAAGAAGAAGCACAUUUGGUGAAUCAUACAGAAUUCAAGAGAUUCCUGCAAAGACUAUUCCCACCGUCUUCCCUUUGUUUAAUCCAACUCUCUUAGAUUUCUCCGGAGACCCAAACCGCCGUGGCUCAGGAGGCGGUGGAAGGGAUUCUGACUUCGGUUUCCGCUGUGGAGGAGGAGGCGAAGACAGAGGCUCUAUUAUCUCUCUGACUGGAGGCGGUGGUGGAGAAAUGUCUGUAACAUUGACAACAGGUGGU